UGCCGCCGUGCGCCUGCGGUGUGGAAGUGCCGGAGUCGGGCCGGGGUCCUGAGACUCCCACAGACCGCCGGCGGCAGAGCAGGCCCGAGGCGGCGCGGGGUUCGCUUUAGCAAGAGCGGCUUUAAAACCUGCGCGCCCAGCUCCUCUGGCAGGUGCGGCCUCCCGGCCGGUCGCUGCGACUUGUGGGGACCGUCCUGCGGUCCCUUCCUCAGGGGACUUCAUUCAGGGCCUCCCGUUGGUGUGUGUGGGGUGAAACGGGUCUAAAAUAAAGUUGCUUAAGCCUUAUUGAGAGGACCAGACUCUUUCACCUUCGAGCAUCGCUUAAUUCUCACUCGGACCGUGAGAGAGCUUGUUUCAGUGACAGACAGCUGUAUCCAUCCAACAUCAAAUCUUCUGAGACAGGCCAUAGGCGACAAGCUUCAGGGGAAGUUUGAUGCAGCCUGUGAUGAUGGAGUAUGGAAAUGCCCUGGAUACCAUUGUGUAGUUUGAAUCAGAAAUGAAAUUUUCUGAAAGCUAACAGAAGUCUCGGUCAGCAUGGAGGACAAAAGACCGCGCGCCCGAGUGCAGGGAGCCUGGGCUGGUCCUGCUAAGAGCCAGGCCACUGCUCAGCCAGCUCCCACUGCUGAGAACAAUCUUCAACAGAGACCUGGUAAAACCUGGAUGAACAAGGAGCAGCAUCUGUCUGACAGACAGUUUGUGUUCAAAGAACCCCAGGAGGUGGUACGCAGAGCCCCAGAGCCACGAGUGAUUGAUAAAGAGGGUGUGUAUGAAAUCAGCAUGUCACCCACAGGCAUAUCUAGGGUGUGUUUGUGUCCUGGCUUCGUUGACUUGAAAGAGGCCAACUCAGUGUUUGAACAGCUUUGUCGGGAUGUUCCCUGGAAGCAGAGGACUGGCAUCAGAGACGAUGUAACUUACCAGCAACCAAGACUUACAGCAUGGUAUGGAGAACUUCCUUACACUUAUUCAAGAAUCACUAUGGAACCAAAUCCUCACUGGCAUCCUGUGCUGCUCACGCUGAAGAGCCACAUUGAAGAGAACACUGGCCACACCUUCAACUCCUUGCUUUGCAAUCUUUACCGAAGUGAGAAGGACAGCGUGGACUGGCACAGCGAUGACGAGCCUUCACUGGGGAGGUGCCCCAUCAUUGCUUCACUCAGCUUUGGUGCCACACGCAUGUUUGAGAUGAGAAAGAAGCCCCCGCCAGAAGACAAUGGAGACUACACAUAUGUGGAUCGAGUGAAGAUACCCUUGGAUCACGGGACCCUGUUAAUCAUGGAAGGGGCCACGCAAGCGGACUGGCAGCAUCGAGUGCCCAAAGAGUACCACUCCAGAGGACCAAGAAUAAACUUGACCUUUCGGACAGUUUAUCCUGACCCUCGAGGGGCGCACUGGUGAUGUGAGAUCCUGGAGAGGGACGCCGCGCUGAGACUGAGCAAAGCUUCCUCCAUGAAGACACUUCCGGAGGCUGGUCUAGCUGCUCUCGUGGCUGUCUGGAGGAUGAGGGUGGGAUUUGCUUCUCAGCUCGGAGUUCUAUUAAAUGACAGCCUGCAGUUCGUGUUCAAAAUACGUUUACUGUGGGAACAGUAAUCCCUAAUCACAUUUUGAAAUCACAUAUUUUCUUUAGGCAGAUUAAAAACUGCUGUGGCUGU